AUGGAAACAACACUACUCCUUAACACUUCCCUACUCCUUACAUUAGCCAUCAUCCUCACCCCCACCCUACUACUCCCCGUAUCAAAAACAUCCUCAAACUCCCCAACCACCAUCACACGCACUGUCAAAACCGCCUUCCUAAUCAGCCUGGUCCCCAUAACCCUCUUCAUACUCUCAGGCACAGAAAGCAUUACAUCCUACUGAGAGUGAAAAUUCACCACAAACUUCAAAAUUCCCCUCAGCUUCAAAAUAGACCAAUACUCCAUAAUAUUCUUCCCCAUCGCACUGUUCGUAACAUGAUCUAUCCUUCAAUUCGCAACAUGAUACAUAGCCUCAGAACCACAUAUCACAAAAUUCUUCUUCUACCUCCUCACAUUCCUAAUCGCCAUACUAAUCCUAACUAUUGCCAACAACAUAUUCUUACUAUUCAUCGGCUGAGAAGGAGUCGGAAUAAUAUCCUUCCUCCUAAUCGGCUGAUGACAGGGCCGAGCAGAAGCCAACACAGCCGCACUCCAAGCCGUACUCUACAACCGAAUCGGAGACAUUGGCCUCAUCCUAAGCAUAGCGUGACUCGCCUCAACAAUAAACACCUGAGAAAUACAACAAGCCCCCCUCCCAACCCAAACCCCCACCCUCCCCCUGCUGGGUCUCAUUCUCGCCGCCACAGGAAAGUCAGCCCAAUUCGGCCUUCACCCCUGACUACCCGCCGCCAUAGAAGGCCCAACCCCAGUCUCAGCCCUACUCCACUCCAGCACAAUAGUAGUAGCCGGAAUUUUCCUACUUAUUCGCACUCACCCCCUACUCGCUAAUAACCCAACUGCCCUCACCCUAUGCCUAUGCCUAGGGGCCCUAUCCACACUAUUUGCCGCUACAUGUGCCCUCACACAGAAUGACAUCAAAAAAAUUAUUGCCUUCUCCACAUCAAGCCAACUAGGACUGAUAAUAGUAACUAUCGGACUAAACCUCCCACAACUAGCCUUCCUCCACAUCUCAACACACGCCUUCUUCAAAGCCAUACUAUUCCUCUGCUCAGGAACAAUCAUCCACAGCCUCAAUGGAGAACAAGACAUCCGCAAAAUAGGGGGCCUACAAAAAAUACUCCCAACAACCACCUCCUGCCUAACCAUUGGAAACCUUGCCCUCAUAGGAACUCCAUUCCUAGCCGGAUUCUACUCAAAAGACCUCAUUAUCGAAAGCCUAAAUACCUCCUACCUAAACACCUGAGCCCUCCUCUUAACACUCCUAGCCACAUCAUUCACCGCAACCUAUAGCCUACGAAUAACACUACUAGUCCAAACAGGCUUUCCCCGCACACCUACAAACUCCCCAACAAAUGAAAACAAUCCCAUAAUCACAAACCCUAUCACCCGCCUCGCCCUAGGCAGCAUCCUUGCUGGCUUACUCAUCACAUCCUACAUCACACCCACAAAAACCCCCCCAAUAACCAUACCCACCACUACAAAAACUGCGGCCGUCAUCGCCACAGCACUAGGUAUUGCCCUAGCUAUAGAACUCUCAACCAUAACACACACCCUAACCUACCCCAAACAAAACCCCCACCUAAACUUCUCCUCCUCCUUAGGAUACUUCAACCCCCUAAUACAUCGCCCCAACACCACUAACCUACUAAACAGCGGACAAAAAAUCGCCUCCCACCUAAUCGACCUCUCCUGGUACAAAAAAAUAGGCCCCGAAGGACUUACCGACUUACAACUCAUAGCAAUCAAAACCUCAACCACCCUUCACACCGGACUAAUCAAAACCUAUCUGGGAUCCUUCGCCCUAUCUAUCCUCCUCAUCCUAUCAACGCAGACUUAA